CGCCGCCGGGCCGCGGCCGCGCAGCCGGCGGGGGGGAAGGCGGCGGCAUCGCCCCCGCGGGGCUCCCCCCGCCGCACCCCGCUUUCCCUCAAAGUUCGGGGCGGGAGCGGGGGGGAGACCGGAGCCAACUUGUCCCGGAUCCCUUUAUUCGCCGCCGGAGCCGCCGUCUCUCCCAACCCCCGCGUGUGUUGCUGAUCGGAGGGACGGAGCUCGGUCCUGUGUCCGCCCCGCUCCUUCCUGCCCGCACCAUGGAGUUCGCCCAGAGGAAGAGAAGCAGGAAAUCUCAAAGCUUUAAACUGGUCAACGAAGAUUACCAUCAUGAGAUAUAUAAGAUCUCUGACUACAGCAGUGAUGUUAAUGGGGAGACCAAAGAAACACAACCAGCUUUUUUAGGAGAUGAAAGCCGGGAAAUUAAAAAACAAAUUACAGGGAUGAGAAGAUUACUGAAUGACAGCACUGGAAGAAUCUAUCAACGAGUUGGCAAAGAAGGAGAAAAACUGAAGGAAGAGCCCCAAGAUUUAGACUUAGCCUGGGCCCAGCGCCUGAAUCCCCCUGCGGAGUCCCAGGCGAGCCUUCAUCCGUCACAGAGCGGUGCAUGGAAUGAGUUAUCACCCCAAGCCAGCCAUUUUUCAGGGCAAUACGGAACUCGAUCCAAAACGUUCCAAAAUCAGGCUCGAACUGUGGCAUCCAAUGGAGAAAUCCCAAUGGUGAAUUCAUCAGUUGGACCAAACUGCUGUACAUGUAAUUGCCAGUCAACCCUGCAGGCAAUUCUUCAAGAGCUCAAGACCAUGCGAAAGUUGAUGCAGAUUCAAGCAGUUGGGACUCAAAACAGACAGCAGCCUACUGUUCCUCUGAUUUGUGCACAGAAGUCAACAAUAUCAAGAAAGAGAAAUAAAAAGAGAAAACUGCCCCUCAAAGCUGUUGAAGCAGUUACCAUGAAUAAGAAACCCAGCUCUCCAGAGAAUGAGAAGAGGCUGACAGAAAACUCGGAACAAUCGAGUCUGGAAGCAAUUGAACCCCCCCUGAAGCCAGAGACCCCUGUUUCAGGGUUUGGAAUUAUCCUUGAAUCGGCCUCAUCAGAUCCAGAAGUGCAACUUGCAGAAGGCUUUGACGUCUUCAUGCCGAAAUCUCAGCUGGACUCAAUACUAUCAAACUAUACUCGCUCAGGAAGUCUGCUCUUUAGGAAGCUGGUCUGUGCAUUUUUUGAUGACAAGACUUUGGCUAACUCUUUACCAAAUGGCAAAAGGAAAAGAGGGCUCAAUGACAACCGGAAAGGACUAGACCAAAAUAUUGUGGGUGCAAUAAAAGUCUUUACAGAAAAAUACUGCACUGCUAACCAUGUGGAUAAACUUCCUGGUCCUAGGGACUGGGUCCAGAUUCUUCAGGAUCAAAUUAAACUUGCAAGAAGACGAUUAAAAAGAGGCUCAGCAGAGGCAACUGACUGUGAUGAGAAGCCGGACAUUUCUCUACUACAAACAGGUAACCUUUUCGACACCACAACAGACCAUCUGAUAGAUGCAAACCCAGAUUUUUCAGUUUGAAUUUCACAUCCUGCAUCAGUGUUCUUAGCAGAUAGAAACAUCCUCUCCUUUGAGUAAUGUUCCUGCAAGCUCAGCACGAGAACUUCAGUGUACCACAAGACAUGGGCAUCCAUACAGUUUUUCUUACAAGUCUAUGGUUUUUUUGAUGCAUUUUCCAUGUAACCUCAAGUAAUGAAACCACCAGAUCACUUCACUGUUCUUCAUCUUAAUUAAAGAUGAUUUCCCUCCCCAUCCAAUGUAUUACUGAAUUAGCGGGGUAUCCACUCUGAGGUCAUUCUCUUGCCUGUAUUUCUCCUCCAUGAUUGUAUUUUUCCACAUGUUUGUAUGCUUGCCAGCAGUGUUUGAUCUUAAACCAUGCAGAAAUUGUGACUCUUCCUGUCCCCAGGGACCAGGGUGGCCUCUCUCUCCACCAUGAACCCUGGGGGCUUAAUGAGCUUCUGACUUGGUGAAGCUCUUUGCUUCUGCAGACCCACUUUCCUUUCCUGGCUGCUGCAGUACCAAUGACCAGUCACACACAGCUGAUUAAAAAGUUCUUACUGGGUUUAGGAGGAAAUAAAGCAGGAUUUCUCCCAGCAGUGCCCAGGUUCCUAAUUACAGCAAGGAGAAGCUGUUCCUCAAACGAUUUCCCCUACGUGGUCCUAGUGCGAUGGCUCUUGAGCAUCUUUGUAGUGCAGGUUACUGGAGGUGGUCAUUUUCCUCUCAAUGUUGCCCCCAGUUUGCUCUACCACAUCAAUCUCAAAAUGAAUUAAUUUUCUGUUUUCUGAGAAGAGGGUCUGCUCACUGUGAUUUUGCAGCCACUGUCCUUGGCAACAAUACUCACCUAUUUAAAAAAAAACAAGUCACCUUUCAACUGGCACUGUAUUGAUAUCUCAGCAGUUAAGACAAGUGAAUUGAUCAAGAAAUUGCACUACCCUCUUAGACACUGAAAGGGUUGGUCAUUUUGGGUCAGGACGAAGGUAAAACCAUAUGCGGCCCUCCCUGCAAAUCUUCAUUUCUGCACCUUUCAUCAGCACUAAAUUCACUUUAGAAAUGUUGCAAAGAAAUCUGGAAGGUCUUACCUGCAACACCUACUGAUCACCAGGCAGUUUGAGCACGUUUCCUGCAAUUCAAGGAAGAGCUUGCUAGAGCCUUUGCCAUCAUGUUUCCUUUCCCUGUGUGUAUCUUAGGUACUUUUUUUUUUUUUUUUUUUGGAAACUAUUUGGCCUGUGAGUGUCUCAACAGAAGUGCUAUUACAGAGUGGGAUGGUUUUCAAAAUAUUCAACCAUUUUUUAACAAUCCUAAAACCUGUUUCUCGGGUGUCACAGAAUACCCACAAAUAACACUGAAGCCAACAUGAACAGUUUGUUCCCUUGGCACCUGAGAAAACAGGCUCCCAGCUGUUCCCCGCCCACUUUCCAUGGACUUCUAGGAAUGACCAUGUUCUCUCUGAAACUGUGGAAUAGAUUGAAUGUGCACUGCAAACCUUAAAUUUUAAGUCUUUCCUUCCUUCAUGGCUUGGAGUUGCCUGCAUUGGGCAGGGGGCACCAGUCCAUUGUGUUGUAACCCUUCAGCAAUGAAAUCAACGUUUUGUAAAUUUGGAAGAUUGCAUUUGUGUUUACUUACUGUGACUACUGUUCAGACUUUCUUCAGAAAUCUUUUUAUAGGGUUUAUUAGAGAGAAGAAAAAAAAAUCAUUCCAUAUUUAGGUAAAAAUGUCUCAAUCUUCUGUAUAUAUGUUUUAUUAAUAUGUAAAUAUUUAGAUAUUUUUAAAUUACUAUGUUCUUAAUAAAGCGACAAGGGACUAGUUGUGAAAUGGUGUAUAACAUUGUGUCGUGUUACCGAUCUCUGGGAAAUCCUCUUUGUCAGUUCAGAAAAGAAAACCUACAAUAAAUAACUUUAAUUGCA